CACACAACAGAUUCCUGUAUAUUAAUCUUGUAUCCUACAACUUUGCUGAAUUCAUAUUAGUUUUGACGUAGAGACUUUGUUUCUUUAUACAGAGUAUCAUGUCAUCUGCAAAUCGUGACAGUUUAACUACAUUCCUGCCAAUUUGAAUGCCUUUUAUUUCUUUUUCCUGUCUAAUUGCUAUGGCUAUGACUACCAAUACUAUGAUAAAUAGAGUGGUAAGAGCGGGCAUCCUUGUCUUGUUCCUGAAUUUAGAGGAAAGGCUUUCAGCUUUUCACCACUGAGUAUUAUGUUGGUUGUAGAUUGGUUGUAAAUGAGCUUUAUUAUGUGAGUUAUGUUCCCUCUAUAGCCUGUUGAUGAGGGUUUUUAUCAGGAACGGAUGUUGAAUCUUGUGAAAUGCUUUUUCUGCAUCUAUUGAGAUGAUCAUGUGAUUUUUAUCUUCCUUAUAAUCAACUUUUGAAAGUUCUCAAGGAGAUCGUUUAUGUUGUCUUUUUCUAAUCAUGUCUUCCAAACUGAGUGUGCAUCUGACACUUAUAACACCUUUCAAUAUGGAUGAGCCCCACCUCAGUAGCCAUACAUGGCUGGUGGACACCAUAUCUGACAGCUCAGGUGUAGUAUAAACCCUCUCACCACCUAAAUUAUACCCCAAGGAUGAAUCAUGUCCUUCAUUCCAAACAGCCUUUCAAAAAUCAGAAAGGCUGAUUUGGGGCUAUGAGUCAUUUAUAUUUUUACUUAUGUCUUCAUUACAUAGUAAUAAUGAUUUCAAAUCGCUAUGCAUGUAAAGAUAAAAGUGACCCAGGGAAUAGUAUCGAUUCAACUCAUGGAAAUUCCAAUCUCAUGUGCAUUUUUCCCAUAGAGGACCCAUGGCUGAACACUUUAAGGAAGCAAGUAAAUGUAUGGUUUGCCUGAAUUAUCUUGAAAACCCCAUGUACCUGAAAUGUGGAUAUGUCUGCUGCUUCCGGUGCCUCGAUUCACUGCGGAAGGAGGUUGAUGGGGGUGGUUUAUUGUGCCCCAACUGCUCUGUGGUCUCACAGAAGAAUGACCUCAGACGCGCUCUCAAGCUCGGAGCUCUGGUUUCAAAGGUUAAGGAAUUAGAGCCCCAGCUGAGAGCUGUUCUCCAGAUGAACCCAAGGAUGCGGAAGUUCCAAGUGGAUGUGACCUUGGAUGUUGACACAGCCAACAAGUACCUCGUCGUUUCUGAGGACCUGAAAACUGUCCGUUGUGGGUUUUUCAAGCAGAAGAAGAGGUCCCGACCUGAGAGAUUCAGCCGUACAACUUGUGUCCUGGGAUUCCCUCUGUUCACCUCUGGCCGCCAUUACUGGGAGGUGGACUUGGGGUCCAGCCAAGAAUGGGACCUGGGCGUUUGCAAAGAAUCUGUGCGUCGACGAGGGAAGACUCAACUGGCUCCAGAUCUUGGCUUCUGGACUGUGAGUUUGAGAAAUGGAGAUGUCUUCUCUGCCCACACUGUGCCUUCCGCUGUUCUCAAGGUGGGCCCCAGGUUACAUCGAGUGGGGAUUUUCCUGGAUAUGAAUAUCGGAAUUGUUUCCUUUUAUCACAUUGGUGACGGAUCCCAUAUUUUUACGUUCACUAAAGUUUCUGCUGGGGAGCCACUGCGUCCAUUUUUUUCUCCUGCAUAUCCGACCGAGGAUGAUCAAAGCUUCCUGAGAAUCUGUCCUUUGAUAAGUCUAGGCACUGACGGUCCUCUGUGGAAUCCAGGGCAAAGCAAGUGAAACUCUGACUAUGGAAACAUGGAUAGGAAAUUCUUGUGUACACAUAGCUGUGGAUGGAAAUGUUCCUCUGCUACACAUAUGGUACAGACGUGCAGCAGAAAGUUAUGGAACAAUUCACGAAUCAUUAACACAAAUUGUAUUAGGGAAAAUGACAUUUCCAGAAUUAGUGUUAUGGACUUGUUUAUUUCUGUUCCAAUUAUUAUGUUCUUUCAGAUCAAUUUCCAAAUGUUUUCUUUUAAUUUCCUGUAAGCUUAACUUAGUGCAUGAUGGAGAUUAUAAACUAAAUAAAUUAUAAUAAUUAUAAACUAAAUAAAGUUCAUUUGUGACUCUACAGAUGCAUUUUUCUACAUAUUAUGGAAAUAAGACAUGUUUCAACAGUAAAAAAAAAAAAAAGUGUGCACGUAUUCAGUU